GUGAAGAUGUUUGUGAUUGCUGUGUCUUCCUGUUCACUCAUGCUGUAUGCGGCGCUGAGGCCGCUGCGGGACUUUCGUUUCCUGCUCUUCGCCAUGAUGAACAAAUGAACUCGCGGGGAAUGAAAUUUAAAUUCCAAAAAGGGGAGAAAGUUCUGUGCUUUGAACCAGACCCUACCAAGGCUAAAGUGUUGUACGAUGCCAAGGUUGUUGAUGUUGUUAUUGGCAAAGAUGACAAAGGCAGAAAAAAUCCUGAGUAUCUGAUCCACUUUAAUGGUUGGAAUAGAAGCUGGGAUAGGUGGGCAGCAGAAGACCAUGUUCUUCGGGAUACUGAUGAAAAUCGUCGAUUACAAAGAAAGCUGGCAAGGAAAGCUGUAGCUCGCAUGAGAAGAAAGGGAAGAAAGAAGAGGCGGUGCAGAUUGCCUGGGGUCGACUCUGUUUUAAAAAGUUUUCCUGGCAAUGAAAAAGAAGACAAUGAUGAUAAUUCACUAAGUAGUUCAUCAGAGGACAGCGACGAAGGGACGGAUGUAGAAAUCAAAAGUGAAGAAAGUGAGUUUGAAGAAAAAGCAGAAAUGAAGGAAGAGCAUGAAAUUCACUUCAAACGAGAGAUGGAAGAGAAGAGCAUUGUAAUAGAGAUUCCUGACAUUUUAAAAAAGAAGCUUGAAGAGGAUUGCUACUACAUAAAUAAACGCAAACGACUGGUCAAACUGCCUUGUCAGACCAACAUCAUCACCAUUCUGGAGUCGUACGUGAAACACUUUGCAAUUAAUGCAGCUUUUUCAGCUAAUGAUAGAAUAAGGCAUCACCAGACCACUUCCAAUGUCAACAUGAAUGUACAUUAUAUUCCACCAGAGAAAAACGUGGAACUUUGUAAAGAAAUGGUUGAUGGCUUACGAAUUACAUUUGACUUCACCCUUCCGCUUAUACUUCUGUAUCCCUAUGAGCAAGUACAGUAUAAGAAAGUGACAUCAUCUAAAUUUUUUCUUCCCAUAAAAGAAGUGAUAUCCUCUGGGAACAGGAAUCAGGAGGAAGUAUCACCAAGCCCUCCACUCUUAAACCCUCCAACUCCUCAAUCCACAGAUAGCCAGCCUACGACUGGAGAAUCCACCACCCCUAAAAGGCGGAGGACUGAACCAGAUAUUUUACAAUCUUUAAGACGCUCGGCUCGUCACAGUACUAGCUGUGAUAGGAUGUCAGAAAGCAGCGCAUCUCCGCAACCCAAACGUCGCCAUGCUGAGACUCCAACAUCAAUGCCAAAAUUGUUUCUUCAUUUGGAAAAGAAAACACCUGUGCACAGUGGUUCAUCAUCACCAAUUACAUUAACUCCAAGCAAAGAGGGUAGUUCCGUGUUUUCUGGACUUGAAGGGAGGCGAAACAAUGAGCUCAAUGAGGUGUUGUCUUGGAAACUAAUGCCAGAAAAUUACCCUCAAAGUGAUCAGCCCCCACCUCCUUCUUACAUAUAUGGGUCACAACAUUUGCUCCGCUUGUUUGUGAAACUUCCAGACAUAAUGGGGAAAAUGUUCUUUGUGGAGAAAAACUUAAAAGUUUUGCUCAAGCACUUUGAACUGUUUCUAAGAUUUCUUGCGGAGUAUCACGAAGACUUCUUUCCAGAGUCUUCCUAUGUGGCUGCCUGUGAGGCCAACUACAGCACCAAGAAUCCUCGUGCCAUUUACUGAAAUCUCAGCUUCAUCAUUUAUCCAGUCUGUGGACUCUUGGAUGCUCUAUCAUAUUGUUGUAAAUUU